ACAACGACAGCAGCAGCAGCAGGGUAUGCGUAUUGACAUCAAAAAGAAACUCUUGGCGCGGACGAAGCGUGUAAAGUCCGUCGACAUGCACCCGACCGAGCCGUGGGUGCUGGCGUCACUGUACGACGGAAAGGUGCAUAUCUGGAACUACGAGACGCAGACACAGGUCAAGAGCUUCGAGGUGAGUGGCUUGCCUGUGCGCACGGCCAAAUUCAUCGCGCGCAAAAACUGGAUCAUCACGGGCUCGGACGACAUGCAGUUGAAUGUGUACAACUACAACACGCACGAGCGCGUGGUGUCGUUUGACGCGCACCAGGACUACAUCCGCUGCAUUGCCGUGCACCCGACGCUGCCGUACGUGCUGACUGGCUCGGACGACAACUCGAUCAAGCUGUGGGACUGGGAGAAGAACUGGAAGUGCGUGCAGGUGUUCGAGGGGCACACGUACUUUGUCAUGGGCCUGUCGAUCAACCCCAAGGACACCAACACAUUCGCGUCUGCCAGCCUGGACAAGACUAUCAAGGUGUGGAACCUGGGGUCCUCCGUGGCCAACUUUACGCUCGAGGGCCACACCAAGGGCGUCAACUCAGUCGACUACUACCACGGCUCGGACAAGCCAUACCUGGUCAGUGGUGCCGACGACUUCUUGGUCAAAGUCUGGGACUACCAAAACAACUCGUGCGUUCAGACGCUCGAGGGCCAUACGAUGAAUGUGUCUGCAGUGGCAUACCACCCGUCUCAACCCGUUAUCCUGACCGCCAGCGAGGAUGGAACCUGCCGUGUGUGGAAUUCGAGCACGUACCGCCUGGAAUCGACGCACAACUAUGGCUUGGAACGUGUGUGGGCCAUCGGCUACGGCACUAACAACAACACGGUCGCCAUUGGCCAUGAGGACGGUGUCGUGGUAAUUUCGUUGGGCCGCGACGAUCCGGCCGUCAGCAUGGAUACGAACGGGCGGAUCAUUUGGUCCAAGCACAACGAGAUCCGCAGCACCAACGUCAAGGCCAGCAUGGACUCAGGACUUGCUGACGGUGAGCGCAUCCCUAUGUCCGUCAAAGACCUGGGCAGCUGUGAAGUGUAUCCUUACUCGCUGAAGCACAGCCCCAACGGUCGCUUCGUCGUGGUGUGCGGCGAUGGCGAGUACAUCAUCUACACGGCGCUUGCUUGGCGUAACAAGUCGUUUGGCUCGGGUCUCGAGUUCGUGUGGGCGCAGAACUCGAACGACUACGCUGUGCGCGAGUCAGCAACGUCUAUUAAGCUGUACAAGAACUUCAAGGAGAAGUCGCGGCCGGCCACGUCGGCGCUCGCGGCCUCGGGUCUGUCGGCCGAGGAGAUUUUUGGCGGCAGCCUGCUCGGCGUGCGCGGAGAACACAGCACCCUGACCCUGUUCGACUGGGAGACCGAGCUCGUUGUGCGCCGCAUCGACGUCGAGCCCAAGAGCAUUUUCUGGUCUGAGAGUGGUGAGCUCUUUACCGUGGUCACCGAGGAAUCGUACUAUGUGCUGCGCUACAGCCGCGAUGCGUUCCUUGAGCAUGCGCAGCAGAACGGCAACCGCACGAGCGAGGAGGGCGUCGAGGAGGCGAUUGAGUCUAUCGCCGAGAUCCAAGAGUCCGUCAAGUCUGGUUGCUGGAUCGGCGACUGCUUCAUCUAUACCAACUCGGCCAACCGCCUCAACUACCUGGUGGGCGGCCAGGUGUUCACCAUCUCGCACUUUGACACGUCCAUGGCUAUGCUCGGGUACGUCGCGCGCGACAACCGCGUGUACCUCGCGGACAAGGACGUGAACAUUGUCAGCUACGUGCUGCCGCUGCCCGUCAUCGAGUAUCAGACGGCAAUUUUGCGCGGCGACCUGGAGGCGGCCCAAGAGCUUCUGCCAUCGAUUCCCGAUGACCAGCGCCCCAAGAUCGCAAAGUUCCUCGAGGCCGAAGACAUGAAGGAGCUGGCCCUUGAGGUGACCACCGACCCUGAGCAGCGCUUUGACCUGGCCGUGCAGCUUAACCAGCUGGAGACGGCAUACAAGCUGGCUGAGGAGAGUACAGCCGAGGCCAAAUGGCGAAUUGUCGGCGACUGCGCGCUGCGCACCUGGAACUUUGACCUGGCCGAGCGCUGCAUGCUGCAGGCAAAGGACCUGAGCGGUCUGCUGCUCCUGUACACGUCGUCCGGAAAUGCCGCGGGUAUGGCCAAGCUGGCCGAGAUGGCCGAGACGGCGGGCGCCAACAAUAUCGCCUUUGCUUGCUACCAGUCCCUCAAGCAGACCAACAAGUGCUUUGAGCUGCUGAUGCGCAUUGACCGGGUGCCCGAGGCUGCGCUGUUGGCGCGCACGUAUCUGCCGGCCAAGGUUGACGAGGCCGUGCCCAGGUGGAAGGAGCUUCUGAAGGAGGUCGGCAAGAACAAGGCCGCUGAGGCCAUUGCCAGCCCCAGUGACUACCCCAACUUAUUCCCGAACUAUGAACGCAGCAUAGAUGUUGCGGCGGCCGUCGCCGGACAGAACCAGGCGACCCCAGCGAGUGAAUACCCCCACCACAAGUUGGACUUGACCAAGGACCUUUUCAGCCAGGAUGUUGGUGCGGCCACAGAGACUGCCGAGUCGGUGGCAGAUGCUGAGGCUGAGGCUGAGGCUGGAAGCAGCAGCAACGGCGACGAUGACGAGCUUCACGGGGCCACUCCGUCAGCCGAGCAAGAGGAGACCGCCGCUGCCGCCUGAUUUGGGAAAAUAGUGCGUGCUGGUGACGCUAAAUAUCCUGAAACAAACGAAUUACAAUAUCAGCAGUAGCAGCAGCAGCAG